GUAACAACAACAUCACUCGAUACAUCAAUAUAUAUAAAUAUAUGUUUUCACAACGGCGAAGCUUGAAACAAUAGUCCACAUCGUAACAGCAGAAGGGUUGGAGUUUAGUAGACCGAACAAGAAACUACAAUUUGGUACUCAGACCUCUUUUUCAAAUUUAUUUCGGUGAGGAGAUAUACUUUCGUUCGAUAAUGUAUGGUCACCAAAGGAAGCAUGCAAGCCCUCUUCAAUGAUAUCUCAUUUSUACGAAUUCGAAGAAAUGAAUGAAUUCCCGGGAUCGCCUUCUUCUCCCUCGAUGCCCUUCCCGCAUUCUAUGCGACUCGACAAUCKUUUGAAUCCAUUUGAGGACGAAACCAAAAGGAAUCUAUUUUCAACUCUCAAUGACGGCACAAGCAACCUAAUCCUACCGACCCCGGUGGAGGUGAGAAAAAUGGUAGCCAAUGAGCUGAAUCAAAUGCCGUGCGAAAGACGAAAGCGCGCUAUCGAAGACAUUCACGGCCUAACCGUUCCGCAGAAACUUUCAAAGAAGCAUGCGGACGAGGUUCUAUCCGAGUUGAAAACGGAGCUGACGUUUCAUGCGCACAACGUUACAAUCGAUUACAAUUCCUCAGGAAACACGGCAUCAGGCGUGUGCACGGAACACAUGAAUGCAAAGACGAAUGCUUAUCAUCAAGCACAAGUCGUUGGAAGCAGUUUACUCAAUAAUCGUGCCUUUCAGCUGUCGUUUUUGCGGACGACGGACGAUAUGGAUCCAAAGAAAGCAGCGAUUCGUCUCGUGGAAUACCUCGACUUUAUACGGAAGAUUUACGAUACGGAAGAGGUUCUCUUCAGACCAAUAGGCUUGAACGACCUCCAUGAGGAAGCAAGGAGGAUACUCGAAACCGGUAUGUUGCAAGUGCUCCCCGUUCGUGAUACUUCUGGGAGGCGCAUAAUGAUUCAUUUUGGAUGGAUAGAAAGGUCCAUUCACGUGUUAUACCGAGUAAGUAGUCUUCUAUUUCAUGUGGUAAAACCAUAUUUGAACAUUGCAUUCGACGCUCAAUUGUGUUCUUUCGUAGAGUAUUGGCAAUGCAGUGCUUGUUUUUGCUUGGUUUGCCUCGGCGCGGUUUGACUAUUUGRUGUUUCUUCCUUUCCUUUCCUCUCAUCCACAUUCACCAUUAUCUAUAUUAUGUGAUCCCUCUCUAUUUGCACUAAAUCUAAAUACACUACGACGAUCACCGUGCACAGCAACAAAUUGCCAUGUWCAUGUUGCAAUCCCUCGCCGAAGAGCCCUCGGGUGUUGUUCUUGUCCUUAUUUUGCACAAUGUCUCAACCAMAGCUUUUCAGCAUGAAGAKAAUGUGAAUGACCUURAGAGRRUUCUCGCUACCACCCGGACUAAGUUUAGUGCAAUCCACAUCUGUUCACCGGAUAGCCCCCUCCACGACCUUAUGCAAGCAAGCCUGACGGUCAUAUUAGGGAAGGACAACCGAACGCGAUUGCGGUUGCACACAGGCUCGUUUUACAAGUGCAAAAAGAGCCUCAAAUCGUUUGGAAUCCCGUUUGAUCAUCUGCCUAUCAGUGCAWCCUUAGACARCACCUCUAACCUACGAAGUCAUCGUCAGUGGUUAAUAUCUUGUUCGGCAUUGGAAAAUGYUAYACAAGACGAAGUGAAAAGGAUUAGAUACGCCAAUCAUCGUCAUUACAGCUACAAGGAACCUGAAAUGAUGGCAGCAAGUCUAGUUCGGUCCAAAUUCAUAGACAGCCCUUYUCACGAAGACUGCGUGUUCGGGAAGGGUCGCUCGGUGAUGAAUCAUCCUGGGAACGUGGCAAUGCGCCUUUUGCUAGCCAGGAAAUACGACCUGCACUUCAACAACCGCGAUGGCAAUGAAUCGAAUAGGACUGUCUCGACGCUGAAGAUUGCCCAAGAAGUCCUGAAGACGAUCAAACAGGGGCACGGGCGAUUCCUAAAGGGAUGCCAUGGCGCCUACGAAGGGCURUUGGUUCCGGUUGACGAUAAAGUCGCCCUUCAAAAGAUUCGCGUCGCUUUCCGUGAUCUUAAGGCACGCCGAAUGCCGAAGAAGAUGAGCAAAACCAGCACGCGUGACUUCUGCCUCAAGCGAACCAGAAACGACUCUAUGCCAUGAGMACGAACUGGAAUUUCUUGAGCAUUCCCAUCUAUGCGUAUCGGAAGAUAAUGCGAGUACCGUACGUCCUCUUUCAUCAUAACUUUACGGUACGGCGAAAGAUUUCUUUCGUAUUUAUUGGAAAUGCAACUCCAGAURUACAUGCAAAUCAACAAAUUUUCCCCAA